GAGCUCUGCCCAAAUGGCGAACCGAUGCUUUGUAGACUCCUACCCAAACACAGACUCCGCGUUGGGUCGCACAUGGCCCGCUGCCAAGAGUCAAGGUUUGACGACAGAUGUCCAACUUUGCGCGAGCAGCUGUUAAUGACGAGGAUGAUGAAGCGAGGCUGAAGCAGUCUUUGGAGGAGAAGGUCAGCUCUCGCUUGCUCCAAAGGCGCAACCACUUGACGACGAGCGUGCCUGCAGCCAGCGUCUUGAACUUGCAAUCGGAGGAGGGCUCGGACUCGGACUCGGACUCCGACAGCUCGGAGGAAGGCCCGGAGGUGUCGCAAGAAGCCGUGGCGAGUGAGGGCCCUGGACAGCUGCUGCAAGCUCUGACCUCCAAGUGGAAGAGUCACACGGAGAAGAUGGUGGUGCAGAUCGCCAAAUCGGGGAUCGACCUCAACGAGAGGUUGGCUGAGCCGUGGGAUCCGGGCUUCGCCAAGUUCAAGCAGAGCCUCGGAGCCGAAGCCUUGCACUUCGCGGUGCGGCUCGGCCUCUUGCAGGCAUGCUCAGCCUUGCUGCAACAGAAGGCGGAUGUUGACGCGCAGACUGACACAGGGGUUUCAGCUCUCAUGGUGGCAGUCAUGUUCAACAAGCUGGAUGUUGCGAAGCUUCUCAUCGGUGCCAAGGCCAGUGUCCUGAAGCAGGAAGCCAACGGCCUGACGGUGACCGAUCUCGCCAUUCUCGAGGGCAACGCGCAGAUGGUGCAGAUGUUGCUGAAGCGAGAGAAGCAAGAAGAUGAAGAGCUGGAACAGGAGGUCAUGCAAGCUGCUUUAGAUGCUGGUGCCGACAUCUCUUUGCUGCCUCCGGUAGAUGAGGCCCUUGCUUUGGACGAGGAAGCCGUCCUCGAUCGCUUAAAAGCGUGGCAAGGCUAACGCCGAACAUCUGGGGAGGCUGUGGGUGAGCUUUAGACGAUGCCGGAUGGUGAACUGUGCCGACUGGUGAAAAAGCGCGCACGGACGUUUUGUCUGCUUGGGAUGGGAGCUGUUAUGUUCGGAGUGCGACGCCCACGUUGCGACGCGCACUUGGAGGCUGGCAGAAAUAAGAUGGCAGA